AGAGACUCAGCCUGGUCUGCAGGCAGGGUGGUGCUGCAUCCUGCCUAAGCUGCUCCCUGAUGGGAGAUGUUCUGCAAGAGACAAAUCAGUGUGGCCUGCUCUUUACUCCCCUCAGUAUCCUGUGCUCCUUACACUUCCACUAGAAUCCCAGAGAGGUUUCUUUUGUCCAAGAGGCUGUUUGUUUUCUUUUGACCACUCAGGACUUGUCUUGAUCUAUUAACCAGCCAGCCCUGGAGGGACCAUCUCGUGAGCAGAGUGGGAGCAGGCAGCCUGCAGACUCCAGACACCUCCACCAUGACCACGGCAGGGCUUUUGGUGCUGCUCUCCUUCGCGCUUUGCUGCGUCCCAGAUACUGCCUUUGGGAUUGAGGUGGACUGCAGCACAUAUCCCAACACCACGAACGAGGAGGGCAAGGAGGUGCUGGUCUGCAGCGAGGCCGUCAGCCCCAUCUGCGGCUCCGACGGCGUCACCUACGGCAACGAGUGCCUGCUCUGUGCCUACAACGUAGAAUAUGGAACCAAUGUCAGCAAAGACCACGAUGGAGAGUGCAAGGAAGUUGCCCCUGUGGAUUGCAGCAAGUACCCCAACUCAACCUCUGAGGAUGGCAAAGUGGCGCUGCUGUGCCACAAAGACCUCAACCCCGUCUGCGGGACCGACUGGGUCACCUACAACAACGAGUGCCUGCUCUGCGCCAGGAGCCUGGAGGCUGGAGCCAGUAUUGGCAAGAAGGCUGAUGGUGCAUGUAAGAAGGAAAUUGUCACAGUUGACUGCAGUGACUACCCCAAACCUGUCUGCACACUUGACUACAUGCCUCUCUGUGGCUCUGACAACACAACAUACAACAAUAAGUGUGUCUUCUGCAACGCAGUCGUGGACAGCAAUGGGACUAUCACUUUAAGCCAUUUUGGAAAAUGCUGAGUAUCAGUGCCAAGGGAAUUCACCACAGGAUCCCCACUGGAAAAUCCCAGAUAAAGAUCUCACCUCAGUUCAUGCCACCCUCUGGGGAACUCAGCUCACUCCUGAUUUUCUUUCUCAAUAAACUAAAUCAGCAACAUUUCCCUGUCUUCUUUCAUGUGUUGUCUCAUAAAACAUUGUCUUGAUUUGUUGGAUGAUGAUAGUGGGCAGAAUAGGUUACGUGCUCAAAGCUCUGGGAUAGAACCAGAACAUAACCUU